AUGGAGAGCCCAGCAUCUAGCUUCAACUCCAUUCGACGCUAUUCCACAUCAGUUAUCCUUGCUUCCGUCUUUGGCCAAAGGGCAACCAGUUAUGCAACGCCAAAAGUACAGGCACUUUACCAUGCACAGGAGCAGUUUACGGAGAUCCUGGCACCCGGUGCUACACCACCCGUUGACGCAUUCCCAGUAUUGAGAUAUAUUCCCGCCUUCCUCGCAGGAUACAAAUCUCGAGCCGCUCGAAUUCGACGCGAGCAAAGGACUCUCUACUCAAGUUUAUUGGACGAGACGCAAGCAAGAAGAGACAGACUGGACAUAAUUCCUUGCUUUAUGAACAAGUUACUGGAAAACAAGGAAAAAAGUGGGUUGAAUUCGGACCAACUUAUCUAUACCGGCGGCAUCCUGAUGGAAGCUGGCUCUGAUACAACCUCUGCCACUUUGCACUCAUUCAUCCUCGCCAUGAUAAAAUAUCCACUUGUUUUGCAAAAGGCUCAGAAAGAACUCGACGAGAUUUGCGGUACCUCCAGAUCGCCAGGUGCUUCCGAUAUCGGAAAAGCUACAUAUGUACAAGCUAUCAUGACCGAGGACGAUACCUAUGACGGCUAUCUUCUCCCAAAGGGAACUAUCGUUUUUGCCAACACGUGGUCAAUUCAUCAGGAUGCAGCAGAGUAUGAAAAUCCCGAAGAGUUCAUACCGGAGAGAUUUCUGGAGAAUAAGUACGGCAGUAAGAACACACAGGAGGAUUCGGCCGACAAUGAUCAACGCAGAGUGACCUAUGGCUUCGGGGCAGGAAGAAGGAUGAUAAAUAUGGCGAAGAUUGCUUGGGCCUUCUCCAUUACUGCUGAUCCUAACUCUCCACCAUUGGAUGUAGAAGUGUGCACAGGAUAUUCAGAUGGUUUCGUGCUUGGGCCGAAACCAUUUUCAGCCUCCUUUCAAGUGCGAUCUUCACAACAUCGAGAAGUGAUCGAUAGAGAGUUCGAGAGCGUCAAGGCAUUUUUCCGGAAAUACGAAGACUGA